AUGAAGCUCCAAUUCCUCGUCUCCUCCCUCAUCAGCCCUCUGGCUGCGGCGCUGACCAUUGCUGAGAUCAACGGUGAUCGGUACCUCUCUUCCUACAAGGGAAAGAAUGUCACCGGUGUAGAGGGUCUUGUCACUGCUGUUGGUAGCUCUGGUUUCUACCUGCGAUCGACCAAGCCUGAUCGUAGCGACGCGACAUCUGAGGGUCUGUACGUUUUCGGCAAGACCGCUCUUAGCAGUGUCUCUGUCGGAGAUGUUGUGACUCUCGAUGGUCUCGUUGAGGAGUAUAGAUCCAACAAGGACUAUGUUUAUCUCACUGAGAUUACCUCCCCUCAGAACAUUGUCGUCAAGUCAUCUGACAACAAGUUCAAGCCAAAGGUUAUUGGCAAGGACACCGGCAACCCUCCUGUAAAGCAGUUCUCCAAGCUUGACGAGGGCGACAUCUUCGCUGUGCCCAACAAUGGGUCCCUCAUCUCAGUAGCCAACCCCAAGCUGAACCCCAAGCUGUACGGUCUUGACUUCUGGGAGAGCCUUGUUGGUGAACUUGUCACUGUCCCCAAGGCGUAUGCUCUCAGCCGACCUAACAACUUUGGCGAUUUCUGGGUCAGGGGUAACUGGAAGGUUUCUGGAUUGAACAAGCAUGGCGGUCUCACCAUGGUUGGUAACGAUGCGAACCCUGAGGCCAUCACCAUCGGCUCUCCUCUCGAUGGGUCUAAGAACCCCGAUGACACCAAGCUCGGUGACUACGUUGGCGACAUCACUGGCGUUGUCUCAUACGCCUUUGGUUUCUACCGUAUUCUUCCUCUGACUGCCACCAAGGUCAGCAAGGCCUCCAACGCCGAGCAUCCUGCUGUUAGCUUCACCAGCAAGAAAUCCUGCAAGGGCAUCACAGUUGGCGACUACAACACCGAGAACCUCAACCCUGCAUCAGCCCAUCUGCCUCUUGUCGUCAAGCAGAUCGUCGAGAAGCUGCGCACGCCUGAUCUCAUCUUCCUCCAGGAGGUCCAGGACAACAGCGGUGCUGCCAACGACGGUAUCGUGACUGCUAACCAAACCCUCGCUGCUUUGGCCGAUGGUAUCGAGGAGUCUAGCGGAGUCGUGUACGACUGGGCUGAGGUCAUCCCUGACAACAACGAGGACGGUGGUCAGCCUGGUGGUAACAUUCGCCAGGCGUACCUCUACCGACCCGAUGUCAUUGAGCUUGUCAACCCUAACCAAGGCGAUGCCGACGACGUCAAUGCUGUUCUCGAUGGUCCUUCCCUGAAGUACAACCCUGGCCGUAUCGAUCCCGCCAACCCUGCCUGGGAUGAUAGCCGUAAGCCUCUCGUAGCUGAGUGGAGGCCUGUCAAGGGCACCAAGAAGUCAUUCUUCACUGUGAACGUGCACUUCGGCAGCAAGGGCGGUUCGACUUCUGUGCACGGCGAUGCUCGCACCCCCGUGAAUAAGGGCGUCGAGAAGCGUACCGAGCAGUCCAAGAUCACUGCUGAAUUCAUUGCGCAAAUCCUCAAGAAGGACCAAAAGGCCCACGUCAUCGCCGCCGGUGACUUCAACGAGUUCGCCGACGUUGCGCCCAUUCAGACUUUCGUCAAGACUUCUGGCCUUGUAGAUGUUGACGAAGCUGCCAAGAUCCCUGCGACAGAGCGAUACACGUAUCUGUUUGACAGCAACUGCCAGGCUCUGGACCACAUGUUUAUCAGCAAGGAGCUCCGCAAGGGCAUCAAGUAUGAGCAUUUGCACAUCAACACUUGGCAGAACAAGGCGGGUGAGGUCAGUGACCACGACCCCAGCGUUGCCAUGUUCGAUAUGUGCUAG